ACUUGACUAGCAAUUGUACAGUAUAUGACAGCAUUUUAUCAAAGGGCUUUCUGGAGCGAAUACUGUAUUGAAAGAGACUUGUGCAUGCCAAUUGAUGCCUGAUUUGGAAUGUUUUCUGAUGUUAUUUAAAGUGGAACUAAACCAGACAAAAAAGUGUUCAUGUCAACUACAUUUCAGAGGAUAAACAUGGGAUUAGUCAACCUGAAAUAUAUGAAUUUUAUGAUUUGAUAAUACAAUAAGUGAAGUGUUGGGAUAGACAAAACAAGUAUUUAAUUAUUGAUGUUGUACCCUAUAGUCAGAAUUCUCAAACGUGUGCAAUAAUAACCCCUUCAGUCCUGUGGGGAGUGUUUUUGAUUGAUUUUUUUUUAGGUUUAAAUCAUCCUUUGGUCCUUUGCCGUGAUCCUUGGAAAUGGAAAACAUACCUUCCUUUGAGAAUACUUGGGCAGAAGACUUUUUUUCCCCCCUUUCAACAUUGGUUGAUAAUACCUGGCCGUUUCCCCUUCUUUGAUCAUGCAAAUGUGUCCAAGUGUGCAAUAUUUCAUCCAGCCCAAGAAGAGUUGUUUUUGCCAUCCUCCAGGCUGCACCUGUGCCCUUUUUGCAACAUGAGAUUAAGCAUUUUUAUAUCUCUCCCCCACUAAGAUGCAGUUUUUUAUUGUUCAUGUUCCACAAAUUAUUUAAAAAACAAAAUCUUAAAAAAAAGAAAAAAAGAAAACAGAUCAUGAAAAGGACUUGAAUCCACCAUCAGUGUAGUUAAGCAAUCCGCCAGCAAUAAGUGCCCUGGGCGAUCCACACCCCCAUUUCACUCUUAUCUCAUGGAUCAAGUGUUCCUCCAGGACUUCAUACUGAAACAAGGACACACCAUCAUCAACCUGCAAAAGAGGAAGAGACUGCCUGUGCCCACCUCAGGGAGUCCUGUUGGCUUGGAAGAAGCAGCGACUGAGUUCAAAAGUCAUAGCCAGAUUGGUGCCAAUCAAAACAUAAACCAGCCUCACAAUGCCUAACAAUGGAGAUGACUGCUACUUCUUUUACUAUUCUACCUGCACAAAAGGAGACGGCUGCCCUUUCAGGCACUGUGAAGCAGCGAUGGGCAAUGAGACUGUCUGCAAUCUCUGGCAGGAGGGACGUUGCUUCCGGAAUGUCUGCAAGUUUCGCCACAUGGAGAUCACAAAAAAACGGAAGGAAAUACCAUGUUAUUGGGAGACCCAUCCAGCCGGCUGCCAGAAACCACACUGUGCCUUUUUCCAUGAAAAGCCACGUUAUGUUGAUGGCAUUCUUAUCCCACCGGACACAAGUCAAAUCGAGAAUGAGGAAGAGCAGCAUGAAGAGCCACCACCGCUGCCAGCCACUCCUCUCCCCACUGCAACUAAUCCUCAGUUGAGAGGAGUCAUGAAGACAGAAACCCAAGAACCAGUUCCAAGCCCCACCCAUCCACCUGUGGUGAUUAAUCCAGCAGAUGAUGAUGAGGAUGAAGACGACCAAUUCUCUGAGGAAGGAGACGGCCCCUCCCCAAGAAAAAGAUGCAAGCCUGAUGAAUCACACAACUUUGGAGUGAGCACCCUGGAGGAGAUCCGGCUGAGGAGGGCCCUAAAAGCGGGCAUGAAUAGAGCUAUUCCAAAUCAGAGUGCGAAUAUUUCUGUAAAUGGCGAGAAAGAAAACAUCAUUUCAGCCAUUCGGCUACCCUUCAAUACAUCUAAUGAAGGCAAAAUUGUAUUUGAAGAAACUUUGAGAUCAAGAGUUAGCGUUGCUGAUCGGCUUGAGAAACGUCGGGGUAACACCUGUAUAAAAUAUGGGGAGGUUUUUCCUGUGACAAACAGCCUGGCAAAGCGUUUAGGUAGAUUUGUGAAAGAAGAACAAACACCCUGUCAGAAAGGAAUGAAGUCAAUGAAGGAAAGACUUACAUUGCCUGCUGCUGUUGCAGAAAAUCAAGCAGAAGAGGGCAGUGCAGUAUCAAAGAGCACACCCAAGCAAAUUCGCAUCAAAACUCUGGAGGAAAUAAGAAUGGAAAAAGCAGCCAAGUCUCGUAGCCAGAAGGACUGUCUUCCUCCUAUGAAUACAGAAAACACUGUCACAAAGACAGCACCCAUCCAGACACCCAAGGCUGUAAAGCGAACAAGUUAUACCAAUGAUCACUCUAUUGACCACAACAAACCCCCCAAUGAAAUACUCCACGCAAAGAAAAGAAAAGAGGAUCAGCAGGAGCAGAACCUCAGUCAUAAGAAUUUGAAACCAACAGCUGACAAAGUCCCUGGUAAAUAUCAGCCAGAUCCAGUGGUGCCAUUCCCUGAUUCCCCAAAAGUAGGGGAGGUUAGAGUGAAGACCUUGGAGGAAAUCCUCAAGGAGAAGGCAGCCCGAAUUCAGUCUGAUGAAGUCAAGAGUCCAAACACAGAAGAGAAUGGUGCUAAGAAGCCACGGUUGCAGCAAAAUGAUAAGCUGACCUGUCACGGUGACAUCACGGCAGAGAAGAAUGUUGAGGGGACUAAAAGGACGUGGAAAGCUCCUGAGACAACCUCCAUGAUUGUCAAAGUCAAAACAUUUGAGGAGAUUAUGCGUGAAAAACAUCUGCGCAAACAGGAAAUGGCUGGGCAAGCUUCUAUCAGCCAGCAGGCCUUUGAUGCAUCAUCUUCACCAAAACCAUUAGUUCGUAGUACGCUGAAGAAGAAGAUUCUUCCACCACCAGAGUCUUCAUCACCUAUCUGUAGCACUCCAGAUAGGAGCAAUGCCCCACCUGCCAAAAAUAUUCGUCUUCGCAAGCUGAAAACUGUCAAAUCUGAGACUGAGUGCCCUCCAAACAUCUCUACUCCGGCUCCCAUCACAGCUGUGAACUCAGUUCUAGUGAGGAGUUUCACCCCAUCGCAGGAAGACACUCUCUUACUAAGUCCGGACAGCUCCACCAAGAUCCAGUCUAAAAACACAAAAAGCUUAAUUUCACCAUCUUCAGCCAAGCAGACAACUCCAGAGAGACUCCGUGCAGCAGUAGAGAGUCCAACUACUGAUAGAACUCAUACCACAGACAGAAAAGUGCGGCCCAAACUGAAUGUGAAGCCGUCUGUCAUGAAGCCUGCCUUGCAAGUGAAUACAGCCCAGAAGCGGAAGAGAGCAGUGCGGUCUGCUGUAGCUGCUGUUAAACCUCUGAACAGCGCCUCCAUAGUUUUAGAGGAAUCACAACAGGAGACUGACAGUAAGGAGGAGGUGCUGCACCCUCGAGUUUCCUGUAGUCCAAGCACAUUGUUGGAACACAAACGCAGCUCAAGUGAGGAGCCACAGAUCAUCCAUCUUUCAAAAUGCAGUCCAAGCCAAGAACCCAAGAUGGAUGUCAGUCUUGCUACUACCAUGGAGGCCUGUUCUGCCUCCCGAAGCUCUGUCCUGAAGACCACUCCUCAAAGUAAAUCACGGAGACAAAGUGUGGUCGGGUCACGCAACUCAACAUCGGCUGCAGAUGACUUCGAAGAGCUCAUCAACGAAUUCACAGAGGAUCAUCUCGAUGGAGAUGUGGACCCUGGCAUUGGGGAGGAUGAUCUACUGCAGGAACUGUCAGACAUGAUUGGCAGCUGAGGCAAUUUUUUCAUUAAAGCAAAUAUCCUAGCCCAGUGCAAUCAACAACACCAACAUUGUUCAGGUUUACUCAGUGCAUUUUUGCUUAAGACCCCUUUACUAAGGAUUUAUGUUUGUUGUCUUUUUCUGGAAUCUUAUCCGAAAUCAGCAUCAACAAUACCUGGUAGAUUUUAAGUGUUGGAAAAGGCAAACGUGAUCAGAGACAAAUUGUGUAUACUGUGUAUGCACUGGGAAAAUCUAAAUGUAUAUACAUAUUAAAAAAAAAAAAAAUCCGCUGCUCCUAUUGCUUUUAGUUUCUAGCAAACAUUGUCACUUUUACUUUCAUAGUGACUUUUUUUUAAAAAACUGAAUGUCAAUUUGAUGUCAGUUUUAUUUUAAUGUUGUAGAUCCCAUGGAGAUCAUCAUCCUCCUGUGACUUGUUUUUUCUUAAUUGUUGUACAGUAUAUUGUUUAUUUCUUAAACCACUACUAGAUUUAUUCAGUGGGCUUCAAUUGAAACGAUUAAUGGUGACACCUCAGGUAAAGAUUUUGUUCGUAUACAUCUCUAAAAAAUAUUUAAGCAAUAGUCUUUUGUUUUCUUUGAAUGCAUUGUUUUGAAACGUUGAAUGACCAGUGAUCACUAACAACUUAUCCACGAGUUCACUGUCAAAAGUAAUUUCUCCACAUGACUGUAAAUAAAAAAAUGCUUCUAUUUAA